GGGGUAGUGGGAGGCGUGACCUGCUUGACAGGCGGAGGUGGCAUUAGCUAGGCUCUCUAUCUGCUCUGUAGGUGCAGCUGGGGGAGCAUCCUGCGGAGGGUCUGCCUCAUUUGGUACCCAAGAGAAAAUACACGUACAUAAGCCGGGCCUCUUGAUAGUGUUCUUGCUUUGGUCUCCCCACCUCCCUUGUGUGUUCUCUCUCCCGAGUUCACAAACACCAAUUUCCCGUGAGCCUGGGGAACGUGCAGCAAAAAGCCAGCAGCCACAACACCAUGCAGUCCAGCAACAAGAAGAAAAAGCUAUGGAUAGAAGAGAAAGAACGCUUAUUGAAGAUGACGCUGGAAGAGAGACGCAAAGAGUACAAAGAUUAUGUGUCGCUGGACAAAAUCCCAUCACUUAAGGAAGAAUUGAAGUCUAAAACUUCAAACAAUGAUGAAACCCCAGAAGAGAUGCGAGUGAAGAGCAGCUUGUGUGAAAAAGUGUCGCUCUAUAAAGGGGACAUCACUCAGCUGGAGGUCGACGCCAUAGUCAAUGCAGCAAACUCAAGUCUUCUCGGAGGGGGUGGAGUGGAUGGCUGUAUACAUCGCGCUUCGGGGCCAUGUCUGUUUGCAGAGUGUCGUACUUUACAUGGUUGCAGAACUGGUGAAGCGAAAAUUACAUGCGGUUAUGAACUGCCGGCAAAAUAUGUAAUACACACCGUGGGGCCUAUUGCAAGAGGACAGCUAAAUGAGACUCACAAAGCGGACCUCGCAAGCUGCUACCAGUCUUCACUCAAACUGGCAAAAGAGCAUCAAAUUAGAACAAUAGCAUUCCCUUGCAUUUCUACUGGAAUAUAUGGUUUCCCAAAUGAACCAGCAGCAGUUAUUGCCCUGAAUAAAUGCAAAGAGUGGCUGAAGAAAAACCACGAUGAGAUGGAUCGCAUCAUCUUUUGUGUCUUUUUGGAUGUCGAUUUCAAAAUCUACAAGAAGAAACUGGUGGAUGUUUUUGUGAAAGGUGAUGACACUAAAGAUGGUGGUGAGGAAGAAGAUGAAGACAUAAAAGAAGGCACAGAGCAGAUGAAUGAAGACACAGAAGGAAUGACUCAGAAAGCACAGUCACCCCCGAUAAAAAAAUACAAAGGGAAACAACCUGAAAGCCUUCAAGAUCCUCCUGAAGAUAAUCAAGAAGAGAAAGACAAAGUGAGUGCUGAAGAGAUGAAAGAAGAGACCCAGGAAGCAGAUGAAAAGAACCAGAGUUUUCCUCCCAUUACCCCAGAAAAAGAAAUUGGGUUACCCCCAGAAAAAAGCACAGAUGGAUCAAAGGACAUGAUAGAAGAAGGAGGAGAAGAAGGUCUAGCAGGUCAAGAAAUGCCUGAUAAGAAAAUCACUGAAGGUAUAGCAUAGCAAGAAUAUUCACAAGAGACUAAAGCUGGUAAUCCAACUGAUAUCACAAUGGACUCACAAGUCGACAGUCAAGAAGAUGACGCAAAUGCAGAUUCAACCUCAUGUCCCCCAG